UUUUUCUUUUUCUUUUUCUUCCAUUUACUUUUCAGUUCGACCUAGUCUUCCUUCUCCCUCCACUCUCUUUACCUAUUCUCCAUUUUGUUUUAUUUAUAUAAAUAUCUUUGUUUUUGAAGAUCUAAUUAUAAUUAAGAGAAAUAUUUCAAUAAAAAAUGGCGAGGAGUAGAUCAUCUUCAUCUUCGAGUAAAUUGAGAUACUGUAACCCUUCGUAUUAUUUGAAAAGACCGAAGCGUUUGGCUCUGCUUUUAAUUGUAUUUGUUUCAGCUACUUUUUUCGUUUGGGAUCGUCAAACUCUCGUUAGAGAACACGAGGUUGAAGUGUCCAAGUUGAAUGAUGAAGUGCUUCGAUUACAAAAUAUGCUGGAGGAAUUAAAGAGUAAGGUGGUGCCAAAUGAUCCCAUUGAAAUGCAAAGAAGAGAAAAAGUGAAGGAAGCUAUGAUUCAUGCCUGGAGUUCAUAUGAGAAGUAUGCAUGGGGCAAUGAUGAACUUCAGCCUCAGUCAAAGAAUGGUGUCAAUAGCUUUGGUGGUCUUGGAGCAACACUAAUAGACUCCCUUGAUACCUUAUAUAUUAUGGGUCUAGAUGAGCAGUUUCAAAAAGCAAGAGAGUGGGUUGCAAACUCAUUGGAUUUUAAUAAGGACUAUGAUGCCAGUGUUUUCGAGACAACCAUAAGAGUUGUAGGUGGACUUCUUAGUGCAUAUGAUCUUUCAGGCGACAAGGUUUUCGUUGAAAAAGCUAGAGAUAUUGCAGAUAGAUUGCUACCUGCAUGGGAUACUUCUACUGGGAUCCCCUAUAAUGUUAUCAACUUGGCGCGUGGAAAUGCACAUAACCCUGGAUGGACAGGGGGUGAAAGUAUUCUUGCAGAUUCAGGGACAGAGCAACUGGAGUUUAUUGCUCUUUCACAAAGAACAGGAGAUCCCAAGUAUCAGGAGAAGGUGGAGAAGGUUAUUGUUGCGCUUAAUAAAACUUUCCCAGCUGAUGGUUUGCUUCCCAUCUAUAUUAAUCCUGACAGAGGAACUGGUUCAUACUCAACUAUAACCUUUGGUGCUAUGGGUGAUAGCUUCUAUGAGUAUCUGCUCAAAGUCUGGAUACAAGGAAACAAAACAUCAUCUUUAAAAUUUUAUAGAGAUAUGUGGGAGACAUCAAUGAAAGGUCUACUAAGCUUAAUUAGAAGAUCAACACCAUCAUCGUUUGCAUAUAUGUGUGAGAAAAAUGGGGAUUCACUGACAGACAAGAUGGAUGAAUUAGCAUGCUUUGCUCCAGGAAUGCUGGCUUUAGGAUCAUCUGGUUAUGGUCCUGUUGAGGCUAAGAAAUUUCUUUCCCUUGCUGAAGAGCUUGCUUGGACUUGUUACAAUUUCUACCAGUCCACACCAACAAAAUUAGCUGGAGAGAAUUAUUUCUUUAAAAAUGGACAGGACAUGAGUGUGGGUACAUCCUGGAACAUAUUGAGACCAGAGACAGUUGAAUCACUCUUUUACCUGUGGCGUUUAACUGGUAAUAAGACAUAUCAAGAAUGGGGUUGGAAUAUAUUUCAGGCAUUUGAAAAGAACUCCCGGAUAGAAUCUGGAUAUGUUGGGCUGAAGGAUGUUAACACUGGUGAUAAAGACAACAUGAUGCAAAGCUUUUUUCUCGCGGAGACAUUGAAAUAUCUUUAUCUUCUUUUCUCACCCCCUACAGUCAUCCCAUUGGAUGAGUGGGUUUUCAACACAGAAGCACACCCUUUAAGAAUCGUUAACCGCAAUGAUGCAAAUUUUGCAGAAUCGAAAGGGCAACAUAAACCAGUGAUUAGAAGAAUACGAGGCAGGAAGGCAGGUCGAUUGGAUGGUAAUUAGGAUUCAUUUGCAGUUUAUUGUUUUUGGCUGAACUCACUCAUAUGAUUUUAGACGUCAAAUAGAUGACAAGCUAGAGGUUAUAACUUUGUAGUAUAUUGAAAUAGACAGAAGAGUAGGUCUCCUCUUCCCAUCAGAGAAGCAUGCGGCUCGCUCGAACCAAAUGCCUUCAUUCCAGGCUUAGUGUAAACUGUUGUAUCAUAUAUUCAUAUUGGCUUGAAAUGCCAUCUCUUUACCUUCUUAAAAUGGAUGUCUAGCAUAUAAUAUAUCUAACAUUUCUCGAAGCUUUUCGCAUAGGGUUUGUGUAGGAUAUCCAUUUGGAAUCUUGUGAAAGAAUGUUUUAUUUGCAUUUUCUCUCUUUACAGAGAAGGUUUAGGUGUUAGUUAUCCGGACCGAAUUGUUUUUAAUACAUU